AUGGAUAUAAUAACUCAAUUGCAAGAACAGGUGAAUACAAUUGCAGGUCUUGCCUUCAACACCUUUGGGACGCUUCAAAGGGAUGCUCCUCCAGUUAGGUUGUCUCCUAAUUAUCCGGAACCUCCUGCUAAUCCAUCUAGUGCUGCAGAGGAUGCAGCUAGUCUUGCUGAACAACCAAAGCUCAUAAGUGCUGCACUUGUCAAUGUUGCCAAGCAGUUUGAUCUGUUGGUAGUUUCCCUUCCAUUAGCUGAGGGAGGUGAAGAAGCUCAGCUGAAAAGAAUUGCAGAACUUCAGGCUGAAAAUGAUGUUGUAGGCCAAGAACUACGAAAACAACUGGAAGCUGCGGAUAAGGAAUUAAAGCAGGUGCAGGAGUUGCUCAGGCAAGCAAUAGAAAACUGCUUGAACUUAAAGAAACCAGAUUGAAGGCUAGGCAAAUUUUCAGCAUAAUUGUGAUAAGCAUUUUGUAGUACUAAUCUGUUUGGUAGCAUUGCACUCUGC